GAUUUGGUGAGCCAGCAUCAGUCGUAGGUGAGUAGCAGCUUCGACCGGGGUAGCUCUGAGUCUACCUGCGACGUCUUUUUUUAAGAAGAUUAAAAAAAGACAAACAUGGUGAACCGAGGGACGCUCCCUUUACUGGUCGUUGUGGGCCUCAUCGCCAUUCUAGCGCUACUUCACCCAGUGGACUCGAAUACUGUGAAAGAAGUUGGCAGAUGUAAUGAAGGACAAUGCAGGAAGCCUUCUUCUAACUGCAAGGAAAUUCCAGGAGAGAAAUGUGGAGAUGGCCUCGUCUGUUGCAAAUUAAGAAAAUCUGGGAAUAAUGCCAAGAGAACAAACAUGAAUGGAAAUAAAGGAGGUAACCAGAAAGACAAAAACAAUAAACAAGAUGUUAAAGAUAAAAGAAAUAAUGAUAAAGGCAGCGAAGAAAAGAAGAAAAAAGAGGUAAGUAAAGCCGAAGCAAAAGGAACAAAAAAACAAGACGGAGGUAGAAAGGAAAGCAAAAAGGAAAACGAGAAAAACGAAAUAAAAGAUAAAAGCAAAAAAGAUGGAGGAAGAAACACAAAACCAGGAGGAACAGACAAACCAAAAGGGCGAAGUAAAAAACCUGGGGGAAGACAGAAUGGCCCGAGAUCUCAACCGAACAAUUCUGGAGCGAACAACAGCAAAGGGCAAAAGGAACAGGGAAAUAAAAAGAGUCAGAAAGACUCGACAGCCAAACUUUGCGCUGAAAAGGAAGGCAGGUGCAUUCGUAGGGGCCAAUGCAACAUAAACAAAGGAAAGCAGGACUGCAAGUACGGCGUUUGUUGUACUGAUGUAAAGAGGUCCGGUUCUUCAAACACCCCGAAGAGCAAUGGGUGCAACCCGAAGAACUGUGUCGAGGAAAAGCAGUGCAAUAUCCCAAAUGCAAAGAACAGAGGUUGCAACCAAGGUUUCGUGUGUUGCACCAAGAGAAACAGAAACCUAAACGGAAAUAAUGGAUGUCAAAGAUUUGGGGGCCAAUGCAAGAUGGAAAAUAAAUGCCAAGGAAAAAUCGUGAACGCCAAAUGCCCAGGCAACUCCAAAUGCUGCGUUUCUGGGGUGAAAAGUAACAGCCCAGGUUAUCCCUGCGAGAAGAGGAGGGGGAAGUGCCAGACUACCUGUGAGAAGGGCACAGUUCGCAUGAAAGGUGUAUGCCCGGAGAACAAUGUAUGCUGUGGAGCCAAGCGAAUCCAAUCUGGACCUAAAACACAUCAGAGAAUUGAAAAAAGGAAGAGCUGUAAGCAAAUGAAAAUGAAAUGCAAAUCUAAGUGCCCAAAGAAAAAGAUAACAGAAUUCGGAGGUUGCAAAACGGGAACGGUCUGUUGCAAUGUCAAGGGGAAGAACAACAAUUGCAAGAAAAGAGGUGGUACUUGUCAAAGUCCAGAUGUGUCUUGUAAUAAAACAUUAAACCCCAAGGGCUGUAAAAAGGGCCAGGUAUGUUGCAAAAGGAACGAAUGCGUGGAAAGCGGAGGCAAGUGCAAAAAGAAAUGCUCUGGUAGCAUAGUCGACCUCUCGGGGUGUAAUAGUAAACAAGUCUGCUGUAAAAAUAGGCAAACGUGUCGUGCUGCUGCCGGAAGGUGUCGAACGUCGAAUAAAUGCCCUCCCGAAACGAUCAUUGCCGACGUUAACAAAUGCCCCAACAACAAAGUGUGUUGUCCCGCAGCAAAGACUUGCAACAAAGCCAAAGGAAAAUGUAGGCCUCUAUCGAAAUGCAAAGGCGAUAUAAUCCCGGUAGGAAGACCUUGUAAGGACGGCAAAGUUUGCUGCGGCAAGAAAGGGACUUGCAAGGAAGCGAAGGGCGUCUGUCGGAAAGCAACGCAGUGCACGCCACCCGAUACAGUCGUCAAUGUCAGCAAGAAAUGCGCCAAUAACAAAGUAUGCUGCAAGAAAGAGGGUGUUAUAACAACUACACCUCCAUCAACGAACCCUGAAACACCCACUCCUACAGGAGAAGGACCAGUAAGUCCUCCUGUAUCCCCAAAUCCUGACACAACAAAGGCUCCUCCAUCAGGAAAUGACACGACAAAGGCUCCUCCAUCUGGACCUGACACAACAAAGGGUCCUCCAUCAGGAAAUGACACAACAAAGGCUCCUCCAUCAGGACCUGACACAACAAAGGCUCCUCCAUCAGGAAAUGACACAACAAAGGCUCCUCCAUCAGGAAAUGACACAACAAAGGCUACUCCAUCUGGACCUGACACAACAAAAGCUCCUCCAUCAGGACCUGACACAACAAAAACCCCUUCAUCUGGACCUGACACAACGAAGGCUCCUCCAUCUGGACCUGACACAACGAAGGCUCCUCCAUCUGGACCUGACACAACAAAGGCUCCUACAUCUGGACCUGACACAACAAAGGCUCCUACAUCUGGACCUGACACAACAAAGUCUCCUUCAUCUGGACCUGACACAACAAAUGCACCUACAUCCAAUAAACCUGACACCACAAUUGCCCCUACAUCCAAACCUAAUACAACGCAACCUCCUAUAUCCACGACACCUGAGACAGCCGUCACUCCUUCAACCACUAAAUCUGGCACCACCGGAGCUCCUACUUCCUCGAGUUCGGGCUCAACAGAAACUCCUACUUCAUCAGCUCCUACAACCACUACAAGCGUUACUCCAACUCCAAGACUACCAGCGAUCUACAGGCAAAUUUCUGAACUAAAUACUGUAAGAAAUUCAUUAAAUGGCCUUUUGAAGAACUUAUAUGAUAUCUACAAUGAAAUCCAAAAUGUGCUAAACGCAGCAAGUAACCAGAAAACGCAGACAAACGAGAGAUUUGGCUGCAGAUAUAAGUAAAUUUAUUACAGAUGUGCUGGCUCUUCUUUCAAAAAUCACAAAUUAUGUAGAUCAAAGAGAUACAACAAACAUUGACUCCUCAACUACUGAAAGUAACAGACUUCUGACAGUAGUGAUCCAAAUCAAGACUUCUGUUAAAGCUAACCCCAGUAGUCUGACUAGCAGCCAGAAAACCAAUCUGAAGGAUCUCAAGACUUCAAUAAAAAAAGAAGAAGUAAAUAUUGAAGAUGAAAUAACUGGUAUUGACAAACAGAUUACUGCAUUGAAUGCAGAGGCUGUGCAAGAAGGUGGAACCACACUUAUUGUAACGACCGUCAUGAAAGACGAAAUCACAGAAAUAGCAAAAAGCUCAACCGCAGCGGGCAGUUCGUCUGAAUCCUCCAAGGCUUCAAGUGGUGGCGCAUCAACACCAAGUGGUGCAUCGCCACCAAGUGGUGCAUCAACACCAAGUGCUGCAUCGCCACCAAGUGGUGCUUCAACACCAAGUGGUGCAUCGCCACCAAGUGGUGCAUCGCCACCAAGUAGUGCAGUAACACCAAGUGGUGCGUCAACACCAAGUGGUGCAUCAACACCAAGUGGUGCAUCGCCACCAAGUAGUGCAGUAACACCAAGUGGUGCAUCGCCACCAAGUGGUGCAUCGCCACCAAGUGGUGCAUCAACACCAAGUGGUGCAUCGCCACCAAGUGGUGCAUCAACACCAAGUGGUGCAUCA